UGCUCCUCGCGACUACUCUCGCGGCCAACGCCUUGCCCGUCCACUCACCGUCGCCUUCUUCGCUGCUCAACACUUCCAGCGCAGCAGGUUGUCCUGUUGGAGCGCCCGUCGUGGUGAAGAACGAGUGCGGCAGGCCAAUGUUCGUGCGUGGAAUACAAGCUCAAGGCAAUCUUGCUUGCAACCUGCCAGACGCACCAAACAACUGCCAAAAAGUUGAUGCAAAAGGGCAGCUGGUCUUAAAAGGUAAUGAAGGCUGGCACUCGGCUGUUGAUGCAAAAGGGAAGGCAAUUGCUGCUACGGCACUCGGCUUCAGUUAUGCAAACGAAAAAGGCACAGCACCAGAUCUGCUGACUGUACCAGGGGAUAGUUUUUUCGUACAGCGUUUGGAGUUUCAGACUUGCGAUUUGGGCUCGGCCAACUUCGACAGCCAGACCAGUUUCUCGUUUCCCAUUUCCUUUGCAUUCAAGAAGGACGGCACCUUCGCACAGCAGUGCCCUAAGGCAAAUGGUAACGUACAGGGAACGCAGUCCAAUGCGGGACAUCCCGACAAGUGCGCCUUCGAUACUAACAAGUGUCCUGAGAAGCCGCUCGCCUACAAGGUGAAGCUUGCUCCCGGUCAGGACGCACCAUACUGGUGCAUAAGCCCGGAUCGCUUUCGGAACGCCAUUUCUGAACAAAUGGACAAUCCAAAGGCGGAGGAAUGCGCUAAAGAUCCAAAACAAUUCGGUUGGACAUCCCAUGGAGAGAUUGGCGCCAAUCACUCAUUUUGCGAGUCGCAGGAGCCUGCAAUGAAACUUGCGUAUAAACAAGUUGAUCCAGGACUGAAGCGCGGGGUCAUAUUGUAUGACGAGAAUGACCAUGAGAUCCAAUGUGAUGACCAGACAUGCGAGUACUUUGCAACAGCGAGCGGCGCGAAGGAGUACCAGCGUGCUGUCAACCAGGCGUGCCAAAAUCAGCCUCCAACGCAGGUCUUGCAAGGCUCAGUUACUUCCGGUCUCAAGUUGGGAUCUGAUGUACCGUGCCCUGGCGGAGGUGAUACAACCCCCAAUUGUGUGGACAAGCGCGGUUAUCGGACGGCGGCUGCAAAUUACUUGGACCACGCCGUCACCUACGAGGCUGAUGGCAGGGGAAUGUGGUCGGGUUUGGGUGUCUCCAAGCGGGGAUUGAUGAUGGCGGGCACGGUUGGAAUCGAGUGCGGCCCUAGCGAAUUUGACGCGAUCGAAGUCACGCUGUGCGCUGCUUGAGAUAAGUGUAAGAGGUGUGCAUGUGCAGGGUGCGUGAGUCAGUGGGGUGAUAACGCACCUUGUCUAGGUUGCAUGUACACGCUGAGUAGCGAGUAGUCUAGAGAGUGAGAGACUGUUCAUUGCUUCGCCUUCGGCGUCUGUCUAGUAAGUGAUAGCCGUGUCCAAUGAGGGAUGGAGUGUGUACUGUGUUCAUUACUGUGUAAAAUUCUGUCCGGCUGUCGUC